AAAACCCAAAGUAGUUGGGGUGUGCCUGUGCAACAGAUCAUGACCCGCAGAUUUCUUCAUCUUUCUGUAGGCCUGCCUCUUUUGCUGGCGUUCCAAACCGAAAACGGCGGGUGGCAAAGCAGUCCAGCAGCUCGGUCCUCUGGAAUGGGCUUAUCCAGAUGUUCAGCGUGAAGCAGUUUGUGGCCAAAGCAUAUCCUGUUUCUGGGUUUGGCUCUCAUCUCUGUCAGGCUUUGCCAGCAGUUCUUCAGUCAAAGGGAUGUAUUCUCCCCGAGGAUGUCUGGACUUAUGUAGACAGCAUAUGGCCAGCAAACAGAAAGGGAAUGGGUAUGAUACGAUUCCACCCCAGCUUACCCAAAGAUGUUGGCCCUUAUCACACACUCUAUACCUACCUGAACAACAGACAGAGAUAUGGCAUUGUGGAAAGCAGCCGGAUGGAAAUAUUCCUGGUACCAUUAGCAGCCUACCAGCUGGUGCCGUCCCAACUCCACCCAGUAGGUGGACCAGGGCUUGAUCGAGGCCACCCAUCUUUGCUAUUAGGGCUGAUUUUGCCCAAAAGAACUUGUCUGGACACUUUGAAUACAAGUCAUGAUCUUCUACCAAAAGCUAAGAGAAAGAGAGUCACUUCUAAGGACAGCCCAGAAACCAACUGCUUCACCGUCCCUUCACAUUUACAGGUAGAUGUUGGUCAGGAACAGACACCACAGCGUCUGUCCGCAGAGGGGCUUUCCUCUGGGGAAGGUCUGAGAAGCCUUCCGAAGCAAGAGGGGCUCACAGUUGAUACUCUUCUUGGUCUCAUAGAACAGCUCAAAAGAGAUAUACUUUAUAGAGUGCCUUCCUCUUCUUGCCACCAAGAUGCAAGAGAUGAAGUCAACCAACAUUCUUUGGGUGAUACUUUCCAUUCAGCAACAGAUUCUGCUUCAACUGGAGAACAAUUGGGCAAUUUGACUCUUGAAAUUUUGGGAGCACAGCCAUGUCAGAGUGGGGAAGAGGUACAGUUUUGCACUGAUCUUCAUCCAUCAGAUUUCUGUAGCGCGCUUGGUCUUCUUUUACCUUCUGAGGUUUUAGGUCCAGAUCAACAUGGAACUCAUGCACAUGGAGCCCAAGGGAUAAACACUUUUGAAGCCCUACUUUUACCGAGUGUCCUUUGUGCUGAAGCUGUGGCACCUUUUGAAGAGUGUCAGGUUCAACUUUCAUCCCAGAUUCCUUGCACCAACAUUAUUGGUGAACCUAACUCAUCUGUGCAGGAAACUUUAUCUCUCAUCCAGCAUGUGACACAGCUGCAGUCCACCACUCAAAAUUAGGAACUUCAACCUUUUAGUCUUCUUACACAGGAAAUAACCUCUGCCUUGUCUCAGAUUCCAGCAGAAAUAGAGUUGUUUCCAGUCCAGGAAGAUGAUGCUACAUAUGACCAACUUGAGAUGCCCUUGUCUACUUUCAAGGGAUAGCUAUAGCCCCUUUCUAUAGUUGUGGUCUUAACAGAGUAUACUUGCAAGAAACAACAUGUGCUCAGAUAAUGUAAUCAUUGGGGAAAAUUGUUCAGCGUUAUCUGAGAAGACUUCAUCCCAUUCUCAAGAGCUACAUAUUAUGUAAUACAUCUGACCUUAGACUGAAAGAGCUGGGGGCAGGAAUCUGCUGUCAGAAUUAAUCCUGAGCAGCUUACAAAGGUCCAGUAAGCAAAAAAGAAAUGAAGGGUAAGCAUGGAGGUUGCUCGUGUGCUGGCUGCUGUCCCUCAAAACAGCACGGUACGUACGGUAACCCUAAUAUGGCCUGGAGCAUAGGAGGUAGAUUAUUUUAUACUUGCUAUUUUUUAAAAUGUUUGUUACUCCUAUGAUAUCCAUCUUUCGAUCUGGACUUGGGAUAUGCUUGGGGUGAAUUGCACAUCAUGAGCACAGAUACCAGUUUUGCAGGCUCUAGAGCAGGGUUUCU